CGUUCAAUCAAGUCUCGCGUACUACGGAGCCGAAGUCUACCCUGUUUUGUUCAUGAUCAGGCAGCGCAGAGUUUGAAUGUCAAUAUGCGGUCCUUCAUUCUUGCGUCACUGGCUUCUUUGGCCACCCAGCAUGUCUACGGCCAUCCUACCCACGCCACACGAACACUGAGCAGGCGCGCUGUUGAUCUCAAUGCCUUCCGCCAGGUUCUUGACACGGAGUAUGCCAAUGCCACCGCUGUCCAGUCGGACCCAUCAAUCACCUCCCUCAACAAGCGGGCCGACCCUGUGGACACCGCUACCGAAUUGGUAAAGGCAACUAUUCCCGGUGUAACUUUUCGCCUAGUCGACGAUCAUUACGUUGGCGACAACGGCAUCGCACAUUUCAACUUCAAGCAGACAGUUAAUGGCCUAGACAUCGACAAUGCGGACUUUCAUGUCAACAUCGGUCGCGAUGGAGAAGUCUUCUCUUUCGGCAACUCGUUCUACCAAGGCAAAGCCCCGUCAGCACUAAGGAAACGGGAUGCCGUUGAGCCCACCGCCGCUCUUAAAUCUGCCGUUUCCACGCUUCAACUACCCAUGUCGGCAGACAAAGCCAAGGCUGAGGAGACCGAAUCGAACGUUUACACCAUCAAAGAGACGACCGGUACUGUAUCAGCGCCAGAGGCUCGCCUUGUCUACGUGCAAACAGGCGACAGCCUUGCUCUCAGCUGGAGGGUCGAGACUGAUGUAGACGUUAACUGGCUUCUGACCUAUGUCGAUGCUGAAGAUGGCGAGAAGAUUCACCACGUUGUCGACUAUGGUGCCGAUGCGACAUACGAAGUCUACCCAUGGGGCCUAAACGACCCAACUGAAGGCGAACGAAAACUUUUGACAGAUCCCUUUGAUAAGGUUGCCAGUGAGUUUGGCUGGCACAGCGACGGCUCAAAGUCGUACACCACCACCUGGGGCAAUAAUGGUGUCGCACAGAGCAACUGGGCCGGCCGCACCUCGAACUACGAGAGUCUUCCCAGGCCGACGGAGGCGGACCUUGACUUUGAGUACCCUUACGACCUAGUGGAGAGCGAUUGGAAGAGCUACAUCAAUGCAUCCAUUACCCAGCUCUUCUACACCGCCAACACAUACCACGACCUACUCUACAAGCUUGGCUUCACCGAAGCUGCUGGGAACUUCGAAACAAACAACAACGGCCAGGGCGGUGUAGGCAACGACUUCGUCUACUUGAACGCACAAGAUGGCGCAGGUCUCAACAACGCCAACUUCCAAACCCCCGUCGACGGCCAAAAAGCCCGCAUGCGCAUGUACAUGUGGAACCGCACCGAGCCUUGGCGUGACGGCGCCUUCGAAGCCGGCGUCGUAAUCCACGAGUACACGCACGGCCUAUCGAACCGACUCACCGGCGGCCCCAAGAACAGCGGAUGCCUCUCCGUGCUCGAGAGCGGCGGCAUGGGUGAGGGCUGGGGCGACUUCUACGCCACGGCCAUCCGCCUCAAGCCCAACGACACGCGCACCACGGACUACCCAAUGGGCGCGUGGGUGUAUGGCGAUCCCAAGGGCCUGCGCCCAUACGUGUACUCCACGAACCAGGAGACCAACCCGCACGUGUACAGCGAUGCCGACGCGCUGACGAAGGUGCAUUACAUUGGCACCAUCUGGGCGACAAUGCUGUAUGAAGUCCUCUGGAACCUGAUCGAGAAGCACGGCAAGAACGAUGCUCCGGUUCCCACCUUUGACAGCAAGGGCGUACCAACCGACGGGAAGUAUCUAAUCCUGAAGUUAGUCUUGGACGGCAUGGCGCUACAACCUUGCAACCCGACUUUCGUGUCGGCGCGCGAUGCAAUUCUAGAUGCGGAUCUCGCGUUAACGGGUGGGGAGAAUGCAUGUGAGAUAUGGAAAGGAUUUGCAAAGCGAGGUUUGGGCGAGGGCGCGAAAUACAGCUCGACGAAGAGGACGAACAGCUUUGUCGUGCCUAAAGGGGUGUGCUGAGUGGGAACGGAGGACAUCCAACCACCCCGACGACCUCUCUUUCCCUGUACAAAUUCACACU